AUAACUGCUGAUAAGUGUGAAGUAUUCAAUUAUCACGAUUUUAUAACUGACGUCUUCAGUAAUAAAAACCGUUUUAUUUUUCAGCCGUUUUUAAUUUACAGAAAACGUUUAAAAUAAUUUGUCUGUUUAAUACAAUGAAUCGUAAAUAACAACUAUUGAAUACAUUUAAAAAUAUUAAAAACAAAAACAUUGCGAAACAACGUUUUAGUAUGGCAAACCAACUUCAAGGAUUGGAAUCCAUGAAUAAAAAGAUUAUUUUACAAAUAAACUCAGCCUAUGGAUUUGGUUUAGUCAAAGGAUCUAUUGUAAUUUACGCAACAUUGAUGAACCAAAAAUUACAAACGGCUAUAAUUCCAGUCAAUCAAAAUGAACUGAAAUUUGCUUCAGAUAUUGUAUGGUACAUGGAUAAUGCUACACUAAAAAAGUUGAAAAUGUCUAAUGCAUCGAUAAGAAUCGAGUGUUUUCGUAUUCCAAUAGAUAAAUUAAGUUUAAAUGAAAAGCUUGGUUACCUUUUAUUAAAAGUAAAGGGUGCACAAACUAUUAAUCCAACAUCCAAUGAUCGCAUAGAAAAUAUUUCAUACAAAUUAAUAGGAUCAAAAAACUGUAGUUAUGAUCUUAAUUUAUCAUUACGAAUUGAAGAUUUAAACGAUAAAACUAUUGAGAGAUCACCAGAAAAAAUCAAAAACUCAAAUUUAAUAAAUAAGAAUACAAUUGUUGAAAAUUGUUUGAAAAAAAUAGAAGAUAACAAACAUUUUGAAGAAGACAUUGAAAUAGAUUUACCAAGACCUGAUAUUAAUAUGUUAGAAAAAAUUGAUAUUACACCAGAAAAAUAUGAACAGCAUUAUGAAUGCAAUAUUAAUGUUCAGCAAAACUUAAUUGAAGAAUUAGAAGAUUGGAAAGAUAAACAAAUGAUAUUAUUUAAUGAAAAGAUGAAAAUAAAAGAAGAACAGCUGUUAAAAGAAUUUAACAAUAAAUGGUCUAAUGAUAGAAAACGCAUUGAAGACGAACUUACCUAUGCUAUGUCCAAAUGUAAAGCAUUAGCUACUGAUUUAGACAAUAUGUCUGAUAUGUUAAAAGAAAGGGAUGCUAUAGUAACGGCUAAAGAACUAGAAUUAGCUUGUCAAAAAGAUAGUAUGGACAAAACAUAUUUUGGAUUAAUACAAAAUGCGCAGUCUUCCAAUGCACAGUCAAUUAAUGAGCUCAGUAAUAAAGUUUUUGAAAUGGAAACAAAAUUACAUGAAUCAGAAAAAAUGAAUAUUUUACUAAGAAAAGAAAACGAAGAACUGAAGUACAAAAACAGUUCUGGUUUGCAUGUACAAGAAUUAGAGAAAAAAAUUUCAAAUUUAGAAAAUAAACUUGAAGAAGCUAAUAAUUCUUGUAUGUACUUCAAAGAGCGGUGGAUAGCAUCUGUAAGAAAAAUUAAUCAAAUGUAUACCAAAUAUCAUGGAACGAAAACUGAUGAUCAUUUACUAAACAAUAGACAAAAUAUUCAAAACAUAUUGACUAAUCAAGUAGUUGAACGACAACACGAUGAAGAAAAACUAAGAACACUCUUAAAUGAUAUAGGUAAAUUACGGCAAGAUAUGGCCAAUACCAAUUAUUAAUUUAACUAAUGUAGAAUUUGUAAUAUAUAACAAAUAAUUAUAUUAUAUUUAUAUAUUUGUAAGACAUUUUAAAAAUUAUUGUUUAUGGAUAAUAUAAAUUUUAAUAAAACUUGUUAUAUUCUUA